UCGACAGGCUCUAUUCCUCCUCUAAUGCUAAAUCACCACGGUGUAAUGUCCGGAAGAUAGAAAUUGUGUUUGUUCAGUCCUUUAAAGGUGAAACUGAGAAUAGGAAGGACUACAGUUACGCCCGGCAUCAUAAUCAACGACAUUUGCACGAACUCAGUCGGGACGGUCAUGGCGUCUGCCAGCUCCUGUAUCGUGAUCAGUGAUGAAGAGCAAGGUUAUGACCUGGACCUCUUCUGUAUACCAAAACAUUAUGCGUCUGACCUGGAGCGAGUGUAUAUUCCGCAUGGACUCAUCAUGGACAGAACUGAACGUCUGGCCAGAGAUAUCUUGAAGGACAUGGGUGGCCACCAUAUCGUGGCUCUGUGUGUGCUCAAAGGGGGCUACAAGUUUUUUGCUGACCUUCUAGAUUACAUCAAAGCCCUCAAUCGCAACAGUGAUCGUUCCAUUCCUAUGACAGUGGACUUCAUCCGCCUCAAGAGUUACCAAAACGACCAAUCCACAGGUGACAUCAAAGUGAUUGGCGGAGAUGAUCUGUCCACACUCACAGGAAAGAACGUCUUGAUUGUUGAGGACAUCAUUGAUACUGGGAAGACGAUGAAGACCCUUCUAGAACUUCUCAAGCAAUAUAAUCCAAAAAUGGUCAAAGUGGCCAGUUUGCUUGUGAAGAGGACACCAAGGAGUGUUGGCUACAGACCAGACUUUGUAGGAUUUGAAGUUCCUGACAAAUUUGUGGUUGGAUAUGCACUUGACUACAAUGAGUACUUUAGGGAUUUAAAUCACAUCUGUGUCAUCAGUGAAACAGGAAAGGAGAAGUACAAAGCAUGAGAAGGCCUGAACUUCCCCCUCUAGCUGUGUAUCAUUUGUUUUUUAAUGGUUGUUUUUCAUUUUAUAUCCAUUUUGUAUUUUUUCAGUAGCGCAGCUCACCGCGGGUUAGCAGGUCCUGCACUCAGGGUCUCUGGUGAGGUGUGUGCUGUCAAUGCACCUUACAUUUACAUUAGCUUAUGCCUUCACAUUCACCCCCACACUUUAGCAACCACAAACAUUUGCAGUUCAGUCUCUGAAAAUGGUCCCUUAGACUGCUGCUCUGUUACAAUGGGGGUUUUAAACAACCAUUAGUAUAAGAGUCCCUUUAAUUUAUUAUAAAGAUGUGUGCUAGUCAUUAUAGGUAGGUGUUUAAAGACUAGAUGAAUUAAACAGAAUAUUGAUUUGCUAUGCCAUUAUAAAAUACAAUGUGAAUUUGAUUUGCUCAGAUGGCAAAAGGAAAACAUUCAUGUUUCCCAAAGACUAUUUGCAGUGUAAAACUGUAAUAUGAACCCUGUUAUCAAUGAUUAAAAUCAGUGAGUAUUGAGACUAUAUUAAAUGAAUGCUUUUACUUACGAAUGUACUUUCGCAUCAGGGCAAGCUGAUUUUCCAAUCACAUUUUAAACUUAUUGACAUUUCAAAGCCAAACAUCACCUCCUUGUUUUUAUUGUUUAUUUGUAAUUGUAUAAUUUUGCCUGUCAAGAUAUUUAUUUUUUGUCUAAUUACUGUAAUGUUGGUUCCUAAUUAUAAUAAUGGGAUUGAAAUGAAAUGGGGCGGGGGAAAUCGGUAACACUUUACAAUAAGGUUUCAUUUGUUAACCCUAGUUAAUGUAUUAAUUAACAAUGAGCAUUACAUUUGUUACAUUUAUUAAUCUGUUAAGAUUAGUUAAUAAAAAAUAGUUGGUUUUUUUUGUUCAUGUUCGUUCAGAGUUCAUUAACUAAUGUUUAACAGAUGCAUUUAAUUUUAAUAAUGUAACAUUAAGAUGAAUAAAUGCUGUUCAUUCUUAGUUCAUGUUAACUAAAGUAGUUAACUAAUGUUAACAAAUGAAACCUUAUUGUAAAGUGUUACCAAAAUAUCUUAUGGUGCCUUAGAUGGUCAAUUUGUACAACCAGUUAUGCUACCAUAUAAAUACAGUAUGAAAAUGAAAUGAACCUGAUGGAGGGAAAAAAAAAAGUUAAAGCGACCUCACCAUUGUUCAGCCACCUGUUAAUCUUAAACUUUCUGAUUAAAUUAUUCAAAGGUU